AUGUGUUUUGUUGAUAUGAUAGUCCGGUACGCAGCUGUUACAGUAUUUAGAGAAUCAUUUGAAAAAGAAUUUGAUAACAAUGUUUUACCUAUACCAAAUACUGUUAAUGUUCUUAGAAAUGAGGAGCUUUUAUGGAAUUAUGAAAUACACAAUGAUUAUUAUGGGAAAUUUUUCCAAUUUGAAAAUACCACCUUCAAUGGAAUAUACGCAAAAGAAUUUUUAAAAGAUUUACAAAAAAUUUCAAAGGAAUCUGAAGAAUAUUCAGUACAAAUAUUAUUUCGUUUGGGUUUUGAAAGUGUUCUUAAACCAUUUCAUGGAAAUCUUAUUUUAUUUAAACUUAUAUAUGGUGAUGAAAAUGGUUUAAAUGAUAUUCGAUUAUGUUUUAAUAUUCGAAUAUAUUCUCAUUCUAAUUCAAUGAAUUUUUAUCAUUCGAAAACACAAGAAAUACAAAAUUGUGCUAAUAUUGUUAUGCAGAGGCAUUCAAUUGCUGAUGGUAAAUGGCAUUCUCUUGUGGCAACAAUUACACGAAAACACACUAAAAUAUUGUUUGAUUGCACACAACACUUUGAGGUAUCAGUAAAAAAUGGCAAUUUUGGAUUUUUAGAAUCAAUGACCAAUGAUGAAUUUGCAAAAAUAAUAAUUGGUGAAAAAAAUACAGAAGAAUAUAUACAGCUUGAUGUCCGAGAAUUAGAGAUAACAACAGAAAUCGGACAAAAAAAUAGCUCAAUAUGCAAUAGAGCUAAAAAUUUAAACUCUCAGACUUUGUCCAAUAAAAUCGAAUUACAUAAAAAAAUACAUUUUAAAUAUGAGCAACGUGAUUGGGAUUUAAGUAAAUUUCAUCGAAUGACAAAACAAAUUUAUACGAAUAUAGUUCUACCACAAAACAGUACAUAUUCUUCAUCAAAUUUUACUUUUGAAUGUAUUUUUCGAUGCUAUCGAAAUUUUGAAGGACAAUUAGCAUUACUUUCAAUGUUUGAUUCAAAAGAUGGAAACAAUAUGAAUUUUGGUAUAAUUUCAGGAAAAUCACUUGUUUGGAAUAAUUUAUCAAGAACUCAAAGUACUUUUGAAGUUUCUCGUGGCGUUUUUAAAGAAAAUGUACUAAAUGGUGAAUGGAAUCAUGUUUUGAUAAAAAUUAUUACUUCCGAAACAACCAAAACAUUACAAUUUUACAGUAAUUGUGAAUUGUUAAAAGAAGAUACACUUGAAGGAUCAUUUUUCUUUCGAGAUACAUUACAGCAAAUUAUUUUAUUUAGAAAUAUUUCAUUGGAUAGAUUUCAAAAGUUCGACGUAAAGGAAAUGAAUUUGUAUUGGGAUCAAGAAGUUGAUGAAUGCAAAUAUCAACCUUAGAACUAAGAGAUAGAAUUGAAAUUUUUAAGAAUAAAAAAUAUAUACAUAAACUUGUACAUAACACAUUCAAAUUUUUAUAUUAUAAUAUUAUUGCA